AUGAAUACACAUUUCCAACUCCCAUCGCGCUUGCAAUGUGAGCGGUCGGAUUACGACACUAGAGACGGGGAAGAAGGCGAGCUCAAAUUUGUUCUCGAAAGUCAUAUUAGAGAACGUGGAGUCAGGGAGUUUAUCGACCUCAUGAAACUUAAGCGCAUCGGAUGGAGAUCAACAACCCUUGACGGUCAUUUUCAGCGACAACGCAAUGUGGCAGAUAAUGCUGGGCCAAGCCAAAACUAUGCCUGGUUUAUAAAAAUGAAAAACAUACUUGGCGAAAUAGAUCAUGCAUCGGACUUUAUACCAAACAUAGAACAUGAGUUUAUGUUCUUGGAUCUAGGAUGUUGUCCUGGUGGAUUCACGUCCUAUAUACUGGACAGCAACCGGAAAGCCGCUGGCCUAGGCAUUUCUUUGGAAGUAGAACAGGGUGGACACAUGUCCCUCCUGUCAGAAAAGGACCUGGAGAGGUUUAGCAUCACGUAUACCGAUCUAACCUACUUUCAGCUUGCCGCCACACGCAUUGAGGAUGUUCGACUAAGCGAUAUACCUGUUUGCAUUCAAGAACGACAAUUUGACAUCGUUCUUUUGGACGCUCAUCAUCUCCGUAUGCAGUUGAAUGGAAAACACUGGGACUAUUGCCGCUUGCAGAUCGCGCAGCUUAUCAUUGCCUUGAUGGCCAUACGUGAUAAUGGGACCAUCGUUAUGAAGCUUUCCAACCCACACCGCGACUCUACCGCCCAGCUACUUUACAUGCUGGAUGUGCUCUCGCUCAAUCUGAUACUGUGCAAACCACAGUCAAUGCAUGCUAAUCGAGGCACAUUCUAUGCCAUCGCCAAAGGAUUUGGCCUUGGUUCACAGCAUGAGCGGCUUGAUGUUUUCUUAAAGGGCCUUCAGGAACUCUGGGUUCAAAUCACUUUUGGUGGCGAGGAAAGAACGGGUAGAUAUAUGGAACAUGGAGAUUUGGAUUUCAUUGUGACCAUGGAGUGUCUCGCUGAAAACUACGUUGACCGUCUCGUGGAGUUGUGCAGGGAUGUUUGGGCCGUGCAGGCGAACGUUCUGUGGAAGAUGUUUAUAAAGAAGGGGAUUCCAGUAUGA